AUGAUCAAGCUCCUGCUGUUCUCAAUGCUGGUGACUGGAGUUCUAGGCUGUGGGGUCCCUAUCUACCAGCCCAAAGUAAGCAGGGUAGUUGGAGGAGAAGAUGUGAGGCCUAACAGUUGGCCCUGGCAGGUCUCUCUUCAAUACCUUUCCAGUGGUGUAUGGAGACACACCUGCGGGGGAAGUCUGAUAUACACGAACUGGGUACUGACUGCUGCUCACUGCAUCAGCUCUUCUGGGACCUACUGAGUGUUGGUUGGGAGACAGAGUCUAUCCACUGAUGAAAAAGGAUCUCUUGCUAUCAGUGUUUCAAAAGCAGUAGUCCAUGAAAACUGGAACUCUAACAAGCUCUCCAAUGGGAAUGACAUCGCCCUGCUCAAACUGGCCAGCUCAGUACCUCUGACUGACAAGAUUCAACUAGGCUGCCUGCCUCCUGCUGGUACAAUCCUGCCCAACAAAUACGCUUGCUAUGUCACAGGCUGGGGACGGCUGCAAACUGGUGGAGCUUUGCCAGAUAUCUUGCAGCAGGCUCGUUUGCUAGUGGUAGAUUAUGCUACCUGCUCCCUCUCCAGCUGGUGGGGCAGCUCUGUGAAAACCAACAUGGUGUGUGCCAGUGGUGAUGGAGUGACCUCCAGUUGCAACGGAGACUCUGGUGGCCCACUGAACUGCCAGAUAUCUGAUGGACACUGGGAAGUGCAUGGCAUCGUGAGCUUUGGCUCAUCACUUGGCUGCAACUACCCUCAGAAACCCUCUGUCUUCACCCGGGUCUCGAACUACAAUGACUGGAUCAAUAAGGUAAGAGGUUUCCACUUGUUUCCCAAGGCCAGAGCCCUGCUCUGCUUCCUUGGCAUAGUAUGA